AAAAUAGAUAUUGCUUUGCCCGAGUUGUUGGUGAUAUUUUGGGUAUAAUGUGCUUUGAUUCUGUGUUUAUAUCUUAUUCUGACCAUUAACGCAAUAAUAACCUAUGAGAACAUAACUGGAGAAAAGAAUCCAACACGGUUUCUCGACGGACAAUUUGAAACUAACCUAUCCCUAGUGAUUUUUGGACACAGUUUAAGGACUAUUAAAUACCUUUAAUAAGUAUUGUUGUGGUCGAUUUUGUCUGUGUUGUGUGUGUAGGCCGAACAAGAACAUAUUUACAAAAGUUUUGAUACAGUUGGAUUGUGCUCGUACAUAAAGAAGAAAUUAAAAAUGAGUGACAGCGAUGAAAAUAGUUUACUAACUGAAAAGAAACACAUCGCUAUUGAUAAUGACAAUGUGCCGAGUCCUCCAGAAAUAGAAAAUAUUUCAGAUGGAACUAAAAAGAUUUACAAAAAAAGUUACAAUAAGUUUAUGGCAUGGAGAAAGAAAGAAAACAUAUCUUCCAUUUCAGAAAAAGUCUUGCUGACAUAUUUCCAGGAUAUGAGCACAAAAUAUGCACCUUCGACCUUAUGGGCUGAGUAUUCUAUGAUUAAAUCGACAUUGAAACUUUAUGAAAAGACCGAUAUAUCCUGUUAUGUCAAGCUACCACAGUUUCUAAAGCAAAAGUCGGAAGGGUAUAAAGCUAAGAAGUCAAAAACAUUUGCACCGUCGGAAAUUGAGAAAUUUAUCAGAAAAGCACCUGAUGAAGUCUUUCUCAUGGUGAAGGUAGCAGUGAUUUUCGGCGUGCUAGGUGCUUGCAGAAGACAAGAACUGCAGAGGUUGCUGUUCAAAAAUGUCAAAGUUUUCGACGACGAAAUGCUGCUAGUCAAUAUAAUGAAAACUAAAAACAAACUAGACCGAACUUUUACCGUCACUGGUAAAUACUAUCACAUAGUGAAAAAGUUCAUUGACGCCAGGCCAAAGGAUUGUAGAAAUGAACGUUUUUUUCUAACGUAUUACAAAGGGAAAUGUUCACUGCAAAAUGUGGGGAUCAACUAUUUUGGCAAUAUGGGUAAAACGGUGGCAACAUACUUGAAGUUAUCGAACCCGGAGCUGUAUACUGGCCACUGCUUCCGGAGAACCUCUGCCACUUUACUUGUUGAUGCAGGAGGUGACAUUAUUGCCUUAAAAAAGCCUGCCCUGAAAAAGGAAUGGACGAGCGUUGUUAGAGACUACAUUGACCAUACCAUUCAAAACAAGCAGCAGCCGUCACGCAAAGCGAAGAAGCCGAGGAUAUUAAACAGUCCAGCCAGCUCAGAUUCCGACUCCAGCACGCGAACGCAGCCGGAACCUUCGCCUCCAGAGCCGAACAGAGGCGAGCAGUGUCGUUUCUGUGGCGACUUCAAGGAAUGCAGCCAGGUCGUUCAGAAGCCCUACCUCAUGGGCAACAAGACUACACUAGCACUCAAUCAUUUGCGAGUCGAACUGGACUUCAGCAUAGACUCUCUUCCGAAAACCGUCUGCCGCGAGUGCGACGCGAAGCUACUAGAGACCUUCGAAUUCAUCAAACAAGUCAACACUGCACAAUUCUCACUGGUCGCCGUCUGUCCAAACAAUGCUACAAAUGCACACAGUUCGGCCCGAAAUCACAUUAACGACCUUCAACACAUAGAGAUUGAUACUCAAAUAGUCAAAGCUGAAUUUGAGUCGACGGAUGAAGAUUCACGUGAAAGUAAAGUCGAGAUUCGUGAAGAUUCAUUAACUCUCGGUGAAACGGUGUAUUUGAGAGAAACUCAUAAAAGAAAACAUGAGGUUGAUGAUAAAAAGCUGAAGAAAAUGAGAAAAGAAAAAAAUGUAAAAAUUCAACAUACUGAGUUAAUAGUUGAUAUAAAAGAAGAAAGGAUUGACAAUGAUGAUGGAAAUAGUGAAGAUAGUGUUGAAUUUUGUGAUACUGGGACUGAUGUGAAACCUAGUGAGUUAGAACUUGCAGAAAGUGCUUUUGAGUAUCAAAAAGGCAAGCAGACAUUUAGUGAUACACGCGUGAAAGGCAAAAAGUCCAGUGGUGAAAAGUGUAAUGACUAAAAUUAACACAAUAAGAUGGUUUAUAGAUAUGAACAGUGAUUUAUUUUGUUUUUAACUAAAGUUACUGAUGUUCUCUUGUAAUAAGUCUUAACUUUGUUGUAAAUAAGGUGAUUUUUUGAUUUAUUUUAUAUAAACAAAAUCGUACGACUUUUGCCAGAGAACAUUUUAUGUGAAAAAUGUUUCAUGUAAAAAAAGGUUUAUGGUACAAAUUGUAUAUUGUGUGCACCUUUACCAUAAUUGGGAUAUAAAAAAUUCUCAGGAUGAGAUUAAGCUAAAAAAAAUAUCAACCAUCAGUCCCAAACUAAAAUAAAGUAGGUUAAGUAUGUUAUAUGAAAUAUAAUUUAAACACAUAAGAAUAUAAUUAAAUAUUUUGUUAAGAUUAAUAUAAAAAAAAAAGUAUAAGACUGAAUCUUUCGUUAAUAUUUUAUUUUUGUUUGUUUAGUUUCUUUACUUACAACAAUGACAAUUGUCUUGAAAUAUGAUACUUGAUAAUUAAACAUAAAAUGUACAUAUCUAGUUACUUCUUAUAUAUAAGUAAUUUCUUCUUUAACUUACCAAUAUAAGAAAAUGUUAUUUUAACUAUAAAACUCCCGUGAGACUCAAACAUAUUAGAUUAUUUGAAAUCGGGUCACUCACGUAUUAUUAAGUCGAAUAGCUCGACAUGUUUCGGUCCAAUUUACGAAGACCGUCUUCACGGAGACACGACACGUCUUCACUGGUCGAGGGCGCGGCGUGUACACGGUAGUACGUGUCUCCGUGAAGACGGUCCUCGUAAAUUGGACCGAAACAUGUCGAGCUAUUCGACUUAAUAAUACGUGAGUGACCCGGUUUAAAAUAAUCUAAUAAGAAAAUGUUAGUUUUUCAAAUAGGUAUAAAAUUGAAACAGUAUUGUCAGAAGGCAAGAAAUUGUCCUAUUUGUCAAUAUUUUGUUUUGUGUGUGAUUUGUCAUAUCCAAAAUGAGAGAUAAAUAUGAUACCUAAUCAUACAAAAAUUAGAAUAAUUCUAUUUUCUAUUUGUAUCUAAACUUUAGAAAUUUGUUAAAUAGCUGAUUUGCUAAAAGAUGCGGCUGUCAUAUGUUAUUUGUGUGACAUUUCAAACCUUGUGACAGUGAUAAUAAAUAUGAAAGCAACUAAAGGAUAUAACUAUACAUAUCGAGACUUCCGGUUCGAGCGCCAUCUUGAUAGUUAGCAUCGUGAUUAAUUACUUUGUUUUUUGCUCAUUAAUAUUGUUUAAAGUGUAAUAUCGAUAGCUUAUUAUACAGUAAACUAAUGUGGUAGUGUGCAGUGAAUGGAGAAUUAAUUUUGAAGCGCGUUUAACCACCAUCUUGGAGUCAACGGCCGGUAGUCAACGUGCUUCUUGUAAAGUCUAGCUAUCGAUUUACAAGAGCUAACAAAUCACCGUACACUGUCUUGUACAACCGUACAAUUUUUGUCGUUUUUAAACCCCUUGAUACUGGCGAAAUAGUCCCACUGGGCUGAAGCCAUAAUUUUAAAAGAAGAAGAAGAAAAAAACUAUACAUAUCACUUAUUGUCACUGUGACAAGAUAUUGUACAGUCAGCAUUUUAUAGUGACGACCAAACAUCCCUUUUUCUAAGGUGAAUAUGUUUGGCCGUUACUUUCUAUUUGAUGUUUAUUUGAAAUUUGUUAAUUUCAAUUAAUCGAUUUAUCCUGUUUGAUAUCGUUACGUUCGUUGAUUGCAAAAUAAAAUAUGUGCAU